GGCAGGAGGACCGUCCCAGUAAUGGGCGUGAUAUACUCAAUGUGUCCAUCCUGCGCUUGAGCGCACGGCACAGUUCAGUCUACGUACAGCCACUUAUAUAGCCUACAGAGAUGGAUCUCGAACAAAUGGGACCCCAAACCUUCCUGUAUGGUUGUGAGCUCAAAGCAGGCAAGGAGGUCAGUUUUAACCCAGAGGAUGACGAUUAUGAUCAUCAGUUAUCAGUCAGAAUGGCCUGCGUUGGUCCCACAACAAAAGACGAACUGAAUGUUGUGGAGAUCGAAGGGCAAGAUUCAGAGGGUCAGAAGGUCAAGGCAGUUCUGGCCACACUUAAGCCGUCCUCUCUCCCCAGCGUGUGUUUGGGUGGGUUUGAGAUCACUCCACCUGUUGUGUUCCGUCUGCGCUCUGGUUCCGGUCCAGUUCACAUUAGUGGACAGCAUCUCGUCAUCAUGGGAGGAGACCAGUCCUUUGAUGAAGACGAGGAGGAGGAGGAGGAAGAAGAGACACUGACCACAGCUAAGAAGAGGCCAGCGUUGGUGACUCAGAAGCCUUCAAAAAAAAUGAAGUUGGAUGAAGAGGAGGAUGAUGAUGAUGAUGACGACGAUGAUGAUGAUGAUGAGUAAGUGUUGUUUUAGUCAUCGAUGUAAAGUCAUGCGUAUUUAGUGUUUUAGAAAUAGUAUUAAAAAAAAAUAAUAAAAUUAAAUGAUAUUUCCAUUUUACGUUCCAGGGAUGAUGAUGAGGAGGAUGAUGAUGAGGAGGAGGAAAGUGAAGAAGAAACUCCUGUAAAGGAAAAGAAGGCACCAGCCAAACCACAGGCACCAGCCAAACCACAGACCCCUGCACAGAACGGAAAAGGACCCAAGGCCAAUACGCCCGCUAAACAGAACAAGACUCCUGAAAAGAACAAAAAGGAUGACAAAAAAACACAGUCGCCCAAAACGCCACAGACGCCACGGGUUUUCACUGUCCCCGAGAUCAAAUCCAAGAUGAUGGCGAGUGUAGAAAAGGGUGUAGCAUUGCCAAAAUUACAGCCGAAGUUUGAGAACUAUGUAAAGAACGGCUUCAGAGUCACAGACGCAAAGGUAAUCGAGGAGCUCUGGAAAUGGAGACAGAGUGUCAAAUAAAAGAACUAAAACCCUUUUAUUUUGCUUCAAUUAUUAGGCACCUUUUUUUUUUUUUUUUUACCAUGAUUUUACUUUUGGUUACCUUCAAUUUUAUGUUUGUCCAGCAUACUUCUCAGUUUUUAUCUCAAAUCCGUGCCAUUCUUUGAAAGGACUAACUCAGAACAUGACCUUUUUCAUCCUUUGCAAUCUGGCCUCUCCUCACCCCUGUGGUGUUGUCAUAUGCAGGGACUGUGGCCUUAAUUUGGUAGCUUGUUGACUAACCGUCCAUUGUUUCUUUAAAAUGACAUGGAAAUGUGUAUGGCAUUCUGAUUGGAGAUGUGCCUGAGAAUCAAUUUACUGAAAUCAGCUUGACAUGAUUUGUAAUGCAUGAUUAAUAGGUUUCAGAAUGGUAUUAGUGAUGAAUUCCAGUAUUUCAACAGUUCAUGUUGUUUUUGUAAUUGUCAAUAUCAGUAUCCUGUAAUAUGCUUGAAGGUGGGAUGUAUUGAAUGUUUGGGAUUGAUUAGUCAACUGUAAGAAAUCCAUAUGUCAACAAUGAAUACUGUAGUUAAUAUGACAGUCUGUGCAGCUAAAUCAAAUCUCUGGACUGCAGUUCAGAUGUGGUUCACUUUUUUGACUUCCUUAAAUCGGUUUAAAUUCAAAUAAAGUUUAUAUUUCACAAGUGUUAACCCA